AAUUUACUAUAAAACGGCAAAACGGCCACGGUACCUUUAGACUUUUCACGCCUGGCAUAGGUACGUGCACGAGCAGUAAGUACCUUACACCGAUAUCGUACAGCACACGAGAGAUCGAAAUCCCGCCUGUGUGUGUCCGCUCAUCGACUACCAGCAAACCGAACGCACGCUGCAUAUGCCAUUCGGGACACGCGAUAUGUCGAACCACGCGACAAUGCAACGAACACUCGUCGUGAUCCUCCUCUGGAUAAGUUGCUGCAGCCAUGCGUUCCCGCGAGUGGUGACAAGCAACAAGGAGAAGAACCUGCCAGCGUCAAACGUUCAAACACACUACAACAUUACGAGCGCCGAGGUCGACGAUCUAUCGGCGAUAGACGAGGUGUCUUACAUCGAUUUCAAUUCAACUUCUUCGAUUCCAUCAAAGAGGCCGAACAUCUGCAACGACUGUGUUUGUGGCGUGGGUCGGAAAACAAGGAUCGUCGGUGGCAACGUGACGAGCGUUUACGAAUAUCCAUGGAUUGUUAGCCUGAGCAAACAAGGCACAUUUUACUGUGCCGGUAGUUUAAUCACGCGGAAACACGUACUCACAGCGGCUCACUGCUUAUCUGGAUUCGACAGAAAAAGCAUCAAACUCGUCCUGGUAGACAAUGAUCGGACAAAAUUGGACAAAAAUGCCAUAAUUCGCCGCAUCAAGUCUGUCGUUAUACAUGAAAAUUUUCAUACAUACACGUACAAUAACGAUAUUGCUAUUAUCGAAAUGGAUCGAGCAGUGAAUGUAAAUGGUAUCGUGCGAACUGCCUGUUUGCCCGAGGACAAAGCUAUCGACUACACUGGUGCAACUGCCACGGUGAUUGGUUGGGGUCGAACAGGAGAGAGCGAACCCGUGAGCAAUGAAUUAAGAAGAGUCAAUCUCCCAAUUUUAUCGCAGGAAGAAUGCGAUCAAGCAGGUUACCAGAAGAAUCGAAUCAAUGAAAAUAUGUUUUGUGCAGGAUAUUUAACGGGUGAUCUCGAUGCUUGCUUUGGUGAUAGCGGUGGUCCUCUGCAUGUGAAAGGAACAUUUGGACAUUUAGAAAUAAUCGGUAUCAUCUCAUGGGGUCGUGGAUGCGCAAGACCAAACUUCCCAGGAAUUUACACAAAGUUAACAAAUUACCUCGGAUGGCUUAAAGAUCAUUUAGAUGACGAAUGCGUAUGCCCACCACCUCGUCGACAUUAAUUUCCUACUUUAAACAUAGUUACUAAUAUGAUAAGUAUAUACAUAUUAUCUUAGGGACACACAUGCCUUUCGAACACUAUUAAUAUGACACUUUUAAUCGCAUUAAGACAUCUAAACAGUACGGUCAGUAUUAAGACGAAGUAGAAGAACAUUCGGUAAUUAAUUUUCUUCUGACAAGUUCACGAAUAUUUGCAUAUUUAUCUGUUGUUCGCGACCUGACUGCAAAUAGUUAUAGAAUAUGUACAAUCGAGCCAUCGUAGCCUAUUGUUAAUUUAUUGCAAUUGUUUGUUCAAUUGCAUGUAGCUGAGGAGAUCUAGUCCAGUGUAUACAUAUACAUGAAGAAGUUCCGAUUUUCUGUG